CAACAAGCAAUCGACUCUAACUGUCUCAAAUAUCCCCAUUUAUUUCGCCUUUGGUUAAAUUUUAUCAAUCACAGCAGUCUGGUAUUAUCAGACGUUUCAAGCCAGUUAUCUACCUUUCACUCGCCGCAAUGGUCAUAUUCGCUUCCCCAAAUCCUCAUUUCAUCCUCGCUGCCUUAACAACAGCUUCACAUCUGUUCUCCUACAGUAUGGCACAAGAUUUAGGGGCGAAAGCAAUUGAACCAACCGCUUCUGGGCAAAUUGGCAUCAACCCUGUAGACUUUAUUGGAACAAACACUCAGUACUACUCUGCAGAUGCUACUACCACCAAAUGGAUAGGAGUUGAUACUGUUAUUGUUGAAACCAUAACUCGCACAAAUGAUGGCGUCGCUAUGACUAUCACCUCAACCGCUGCAAUUGCAGUCAGCACAACACCACCAUCUGAGGGAGGAGCGAGCGGUGACCUCAACUUCAUAAUCACGCCAAGCGCGAAGACCAAGCUUGAAGAACUUUUCAAAACAAUUGAAGCUGUGUGUGGCGUACCAGGUCCUGCGAGAAUCAAGUCAAGACAGACUCCGGCGGGAACCUGUGUAGCCGACUACAUGGUAGAAAAUGCUGCCGCAGAAAGCACAAUGGAAGAACUACUAUCCAAUGGGUUUAUAGAUGGCCUCGGAAAUCUCGUUGACUUAUUAUUGGUUGGCGCUGAAGAUUUUGUGAAGACUUCGGCUGCGAAAAAGGUUAAAGUUGCUGGUGGUCUCGGGGUCCUGGCUUAUGCCUUGUGGAAAGAUUCAGGUGGAUCUGCAGGAGGUUCAAUUCCGGAUGUCGUUAAAAUCCCAGCAGUAAAUAUUGCAGCUGGAAUUCCCGCCACCACUUCGACAGAAACAGAGCCGUUUCGUAUUCCACCGCCAGUUCUUACGAACAUGUACCACUAUUUCGAGCCAUUUGAGACCCCAAAAGCUGACGCUAUGGCUGAUGGUCUACAGAACCGCUUUGCGUCGCUCUCAUCCGCUGCAGUCAUUGCUGCUAGUACAGUCUUGCCGAAUGCAUGCACAUGCAUUCAAUAUGUUCAGACAGAUGGAAGCCUGGGUUCUUUCGAUUGUACCAACCUUGGAGAUGGAGCAAACUGCGACGUUGUCACAUCGACAGUUGCGAAUCCAGCUCCAACCGGCCCGGCCCUGACUCCUGAUCAACCUGCCCCAGCGAUAUGCAACAUGAAGAAAGUGCCGGACGUCAAAGAUGAACCAAGAGCGUCACAAUUUAAGUUCACAAAACCCUUCAAUCGUAAAGCUGCGCUCUUGUCAGUCCCGAAGCUUUGCAAAGACAAUCCCUACCUAUGGGACGACCACGUGGUUAAAAACUGCGCUUCUUACCAGAAUUACGCGUUCGACGGGACCAAAGUCAACAAUGGAGGCCAAGAUAGAACUCUUGGAGACGUCUCAAAGAUUUUAUUCUCUAUGCGAUGGGAUUUAGAGAUCUGUCCGAACGAUCUUUGGUGGAAACCUGACGCUGGAGGAAAAGGAGAUGACUUCACAACGACUCCAGCUGCGAAGUAUCUGGCCGACUCAGCUGCUUACACCGACUGUGUAACAGGUUGCGAAAGCGCUGUAAAUCAAUGCGAUGGCACAGAAGAGACGACAUAUGGAUCGAUUCUACGGUAUAAAUGUAUGGAGUUUCUGGUAUUCGAAGCUGAGGAUCCAAAGUUCGAGUUCCAGUGCAAUAAUUUGCCGUGGUAAGAGUCCGUUGUUAGGGUGAGACGGAUGUAUGAGUCAGGAAGCGUAAGGAGAAUGAUGGGACUGAGUUACAGAGAUUGCUGUAGCUAGCGAGAUUGAAUAUGAAGGAACGAAUUUUUUGAAUCCCAUGA